AUGUCCUCUUCAACUAGAUCGAAUGCAUUACCUUCAAGUUCAACUUUAAGUUCGUUUCCUCUUGAAAAUACAGAAGUGCAUACCAUCGAUGAUGAAAAGUAUGUUUUACUUUUGACAUUUUGUCAACGUUCUUUGGAAAAUCUAGAAUCAGACCUUGAGGAUGAGGAUGAGGACACCAUGAGUAUUCAUAGAGAUAAACACACAGCAAUGGUACAAUUACCACCACCUUCUCAUAAUUUUGAUUAUUUCAUUCAUCCAAGACCAUUACAUUAUACCUUUAUAAAUUUAUACAAUAGUUGCAAAUACGAAUUAUAUUCACUAUCAAAAAAUGCCGGUGAUGUUGGCAGGCCUUGGCAAGACAUAAAUCGCAAAGAACUUAUUAUUUGGAUCACUUUGAUCAUCUAUCAAGGACUUUUUAAUUCAUCUUCCCUCAAUCAAUACUGGAAUGAGAAUACAAAACUCCCAAUUCAUAAUAUUUCGAAGCAAAUGUCAUUGUUUCGUUUUGAACAAAUCAAAAGAUAUUUGCAUAUUUCUUCUCCUACAGCUACAAUCAACAAUUACUUCAAAAAACUAGAGCCAUUACUCUCAAAAAUCCGUGAUGUAUCAAAACAACUCUAUACCCCAAGUUUGAACAUUUCGGUGAAUGAAAUGAUGGUACGAUUUUCCAGAAGGAGUGUUCAUACGGUUAGAAUAAAGAAUAAAUCAACUCCUGAGGGUUUCAAAAUCUUAUCACUUUGCGAAUCAGGAUAUACAUAUACUUUCUUGCCAAUAUCGCGCAUCUCUCCAAGUGGUGUGCCAAAAGUGAACAGCCUUAAUCAAGUUGGAUGUCUUGUUCAUCAUCUCAUUACGCAACUUCCUUAUCACCGAUCUUCAUUCAAUGUCUACAUGAAUAAUUAUUUUUCUAAUGUCCCUCUAUUUCAAAAUCUUCGGCAAUUAGGUAUUGGUGCUUGUGAAACUGUCUGUAAAACAGCUUCAGGAUUUCCAAAAGAGUUGAGAAUAGAAAAAAAUGUCAAACUUGAUUGGGACAUUCGUUCCGGUGUCAUAGUAAAUGGCGUAUUAUCAGUUUUUUGGCAAGAUAAUGGGCCGAUAACAAUGUUAUCAACAAUCCAUGGUCUUGUUGGUGAGGAAUGGGAGAUAGAACGUGAAAGGCAAUGA